UUGGGCCUGCUCUCUGUGGCCGCUGCCUUCCUGUGCGCAGAGGGCGAUCGCACCACCCCCAGCCCCGCCACCACAGACUCCCACAAUGCCACCUGCUCCGAGGGCUCGUCCAGGUGCAAGCCAGGAAUUGUCCUUCCCAUCUGGUACCCCGAGGACCCCUCCAUGGGGGAUAAGAUGGCCCGAGUCAUCGUCUACUUCGUAGCUAUGAUCUACAUGUUCCUGGGAGUGUCCAUCAUAGCAGACCGCUUCAUGGCGGCCAUCGAGGUCAUCACCUCCCAGGAGAAGGAGAUCAUUAUCAAGAGAGCUAACGGAGAGACCACCACCGCUACCAUCAGAGUCUGGAACGAGACGGUCUCCAACCUGACCCUUAUGGCCCUGGGUUCUAGUACCCCUGAGAUCCUGCUGUCUGUCAUCGAAGUCUGCGGACACGACUUCGUAGCUGGCGAGCUGGGGCCAUCUACGAUCGUCGGCAGCGCUGCCUUCAACAUGUUCGUGAUCAUCGGCCUGUGUGUGUCUGUGAUCCCCGAGGGAGAGACGAGGAAGGUGAAACAUCUCAGAGUGUUCUUUGUGACGGCGGCGUGGAGUAUCUUCGCCUACAUCUGGCUCUAUAUGAUCUUGGCGGUGUUCAGUCCCAACGUGGUCCAGAUAUGGGAGGGGCUGCUAACCCUGGCCUUCUUCCCCAUCUGUGUCAUCCUGGCCUGGCUAGCCGACCGACGACUCCUCUUCUACAAGUUCAUGCACAAGAAGUACCGCGCCGACAACCACCGCGGCGUCAUCAUCGAGACCGAGCACGAGCGCUCCAAGGGCAUCGAGAUGAUGGACGGUGGCGGCAAGAUGGUCAACUCACACUUCGCCCACGAUGGAGGCGCCGCCCAUAACCUCAUCAGCCUGAUCGAGGGGAAAGAAGUGGACGAGUCUCGGCGGGAUAUGAUCCGGAUCCUGAAGGACCUGAAGCAGAAACACCCAGAGAAGGAGAUGGACCAGCUGGUAGAGAUGGCUAACUACUACGCCUUGUCCCACCAGCAGAAGAGCCGAGCCUUCUACCGCAUCCAGGCCACGCGCAUGAUGACGGGCGCCGGGAACAUCCUGAAGAAGCACGUGGCGGAGCAGACCAAGAGGAGCGCCAGCGUACAGGAAGUGUGUGUGGUAGGGGAGGAAGUCGAGGAGUACGUGUCACGGAUCGCCUUCGAACCCGCCGUGUACCAGUGUCUGGAGAACUGCGGCGCCGCCCUGCUGGCCAUCUCCAGGAAGGGCGGCGAUAUGGCGAAGACCAUUUACGUUGAUUACAAGACGGAGGAUGGCUCAGCCAACGCAGGCGCCGACUACGAGUUCACCGAGGGUACGGUGGUGUUCAAGCCCGGCGAGUUCAUCAGGGAGAUCAGCAUCGGCAUCAUCGACGACGACAUCUUCGAGGAGGACGAGCACUUCUUCGUGCGUCUCAGCAACGUGCGCGUCUUGGAGUCUGAUGAGGACGAGACACUACUGUCUCCGAACUCUCUCCCGUACCCCAAAGCCCUGCUAGGGUUCCCUGCCGUCGCCACAGUUACCAUCCUGGACGACGACCAUGCCGGGAUAUUCACCUUCGAGACCGACACGUGUCACGUGAGUGAGAGCGUGGGCGUAAUGGAGGUGAAGGUGCUGAGGACUUCGGGGGCGAGGGGAACGGUCAUCGUGCCAUAUCGUACCAUGGAGGGGAUCGCCAAGGGAGGAGGGGAGGACUUUGAGGACACCUACGGAGAACUGGAGUUCAGGAACGACGAGACCUGGUAA